AUGCGACGUGCCGUUGAAGAGCGGUCGUUCGAUGUGCUGAUGGACCGUCAGCGACGGGCCGAGAGAGCAGAGAGCCGGCUAGCGGUUCGCAAGGCCGCCUUGGUCAUGGCCAAGAAGCUGGACAAAAUGAAGCGGGAGAUGGAGAGAAUGCGGUUGGGAGCAGGCGCUGCAACUGGCGCAAACGGGGCUGCUGGUUCGGCUCCCGCUGCCCAGACAGUACCAGCUCCUGGUGCUGCCCAGGCUCCUGCGCCGGCUCCUGUGUUGGCUGCUGCUCCGGCGGCAGCUCCCAUCGCAGGACCGUCUGCACAGCCGGCAGCCACGGCUGCUGAUCCUCCUCCUCCUCCUCCUCCUUCUGUCCGAGGACCAACCCUGGUUCUCUUUGGGAAUCGCACGUGGCGGGAGAUCUUUCCUCUUUCGAGGAAUCCAUCUGAUCCGUUCAGGACGUGCAACAGAUUCACGCGGGCAAUGAACGCCCAAGUUUUGGGUGAAGUUCUCACCCCAACGGACGGGUACCUGCAUCGCGCAUUGCAGUUCUACCGAAUCCCAGUCGCGCCACCAAUUCGUUUGGGGCCGACUGUUAUGAGGGAGGAUGCUACGAUGAAGUGA